AUGCUAGACUUUGUAUGCGCGCGCAUUUUUUCUCACGUCCGGUUUCUUCCUUCCUUUCUCCCUCCCCUUCUUUUCCUUAAAAUAGCUAUUCUACAUUCUUUCAAUUCUUCUUCUUCUUCUUCUUCUUCUUCGUCUUCCUCUUCUUCUUCUUCGUCUUCUUCUUCUUCUUCUUCUUCUUCGUCUUCUUCUUCUUCUUCGUCUUCUUCUUCUUCUUCCCAUAACAUCCUUCGCCUCCUCCAUAGCUUCCGACAUUCUUCCUCCUUUCUCUUUAUUCUUUUUCCUCUUCUUUCUUUUCUCUUACUUCUUAUUUUAUCUCCCUUCAUUUCAAUCUUUUUUCUCUUCUUUCUUCUUUAUCCUCCUAUUUCACCCAUUCGUGCAAUAUUAUAUUUUAUAUUUCUCUUUCGCAAAUAUUUUACCAAUUUCUUUCUUUCUUUCUUUCUUUCUUUCUUUCUUUCUUUCUUUUCCUUUCAUUUCUUUCUGUUCUUUCUUUCUUUACACUUUCUUCCUUUCUUCGUUCCUUCUUUCUUUGUUUCUUUGUUUCUUUCUAUUUCUUACUCCAAUCUUUCUAUCUUUCUUUCUUUCAUUCUUGUUUUUUUCUUUCUUUCUUUCUUUCUUUCUUUCUUUCUUUCUUUCUUUCUGUUACGCUCAUCUUUCUUUCUUUCAUUCUUUCUUUCUCUCUUUCUUUUCUUUCUUUCUUUCUUUCUUUUUUUUGCAACAAUCUUUCUUUCUUUCUUUCUAGUUAUCGUUCUUUUUCUCUCAUUUUUCUUUUCCUUUCGUCUUUUUUAUAUUUCUAUCAUGUUUUUUUUUCUUUCGCCAAUAAUUUACCAAUUUCUUUCUUUCUUUCUUUCUUUCUUUCUUUUUGUUACUCCAAUCUUUCUUACUUUCUUUCUUUUUGUCAAUCCAUUCUUUCUUUCUUUCUUUCUUUCUUUCUUUCUUUUUGUUACUCCAAUCUUUCUUUCUUUCUGUUAUGCAAAUCUUUCUUUCUUUCUUUCUUUAUGUAUGUAUGUAUGUAUGUAUGUACUUUAUCUUUCUUCCUGGUUGUACUUCUUUCUUUCUUUUCCUUCUUUCUUUCUUUAUUUCUUUCUUUCUUUUACUCCAAUCGUUCUUUCUUUUUUUCUGUUACUCCUAUCUUUCUUUCUUUCUUUUUUUCUUUCUUUCUUAAAUCCAGCAUUACUCUCUUCAUUCAUUCUUUCUUUCUUUCUUUCUUUCUUUCUGUUACGCCAAUCUUUCUUUCUUUCUUUCUGUUACUCCUAUCUUUCUUUCUUUCUUUCUUUCUUUCUUUCUUUCUUUCUUUCUUUCUUAAAUCUAGCAUUACUCUCUUCAUUCAUUCUUUCUUUCUUUCUUUCUUUCUUUCUGUUACGCCAAUCUUUCUUUCUUUCUUUUUUUUUCUGUGUGUAUACAUUAUGUACUUUUUCUUUCUUCCUGUUUGUAAUUCUUUCUUUCUUUCUUUCUGCAUGUAUGUAUGUAUGUACUUUAUUUUUCUUCCUGGUUGUACUUCUUUCUUUCAUUCUUUCUUUCUUUCUUUCUUUCACCUCUCUUUCUUCCUAG